AUGGCUCCUAAAGGGAAAGAAGCUUCUACGGAACAAAUAUGGCCUUACAAGAUCACAAUUGGAAUCUGUGCGAUGCACCGGAAAGCAACAAGCAAACCGAUGCGGGCGAUCAUGAAGAAACUUAUUGAUUUUUACGGGCAAUGGGUGGACUUCUUCAUUUUUCCGGAACAAGUCAUUCUGAAUGAACCGAUUGAAAACUGGCCACUUUGUCACUGCUUGGUUUCGUUUCAUUCAACAGAAUUUCCACUGGAAAAAGCCAUCGCUUAUGUGAAGCUUCGAAAUCCAUACGUCAUCAACAAUCUUGAUCGUCAGUACGAUUUGCUCGAUCGACGCACUGUCUUCAAAAUUCUCUCAGACAACGGGAUCGAACAUCCACGUCAUGGAUAUGUGAUUCGUGGCCGAGCAAACGAGCCAGAUACCGAAUUAGUUGAACAUCCAGAUCACAUCGAAGUCAAUGGAGAAGUGUUCAAUAAGCCUUUUGUCGAGAAACCAAUCAGUUCAGAGGAUCAUAAUGUGUACAUAUAUUAUCCUUCAAGUGUUGGUGGUGGCUCACAACGUCUGUUUCGAAAGGGAACGAUGUCCAUCAAAGGCAAAAACGUCAAAUCAUGGCAUAUUAACAACCGAAGCAGUUGGUACUCUCCGAAGUCUGAAGUUCGUAAGGAAGGAUCGUAUAUUUAUGAAGAAUUCAUUCCUGCUGACGGAACGGAUGUUAAAGUUUACGCAGUUGGCCCAUUCUAUGCACAUGCGGAAGCUAGGAAAGCUCCAGGAUUAGAUGGAAAGGUUGAACGUGAUUCCGAUGGCAAAGAAGUUCGGUAUCCAGUCAUUUUGAGUAACAAAGAGAAACAGAUUGCGAAAAAAAUUGUGCUCGCUUUCGGACAGACAGUAUGUGGGUUCGACUUGCUUCGAGCCAAUGGAAAGUCUUAUGUGUGUGAUGUCAAUGGAUUUUCCUUCGUUAAGACAUCAACAAAAUACUAUGAAGACACCGCCAAAAUUUUAGGCAAUCAAAUUGUUCGUCAUUACGCGAAAACUAAAAAUUGGCGAAUUCCGAGUGACAUGCCACAGCCACCGAUUCUCGAUUUAGGACUUGGCGAUGAUCCUCCAAUGAUCACAACUCCAUCGGGGAAGCUAGCAGAAUUGAGAUGUGUCGUAGCAGUAAUUCGUCAUGGAGAUCGUACUCCGAAACAAAAAAUGAAGUUGGUGGUGACAGAUCAACGAUUUUUCGAUUUAUUCGAGAAGUAUGAUGGUUAUAAGAAAAAUGAAAUCAAAAUGAAGAAACCGAAUCAACUGAUGGAAGUAUUGGAACUAGCAAGAUCGUUGGUUACGGAAAAACAGGUCAGAAAAAUGUAA